GAGGACGCUGAGAAUUCAUGCUGUGUUAGCAUCCCCUCAGCAACUCCAUCAAUACUGCAUACAGCUGAGGAGCUGGCACAGGUCCUCCUGCUGCAUUUUCAGGCUCGGCCAGCGAAGGGGAGCAACUCCCACGACUCAGUCCGCUGUACUGGAGGGGGCUCCGCGAGGGGCAGGGCGCGUGCACACACACAUUCUCACACACACACACGCGCACACACACACGGUCUCACCGGAGCACCGGGGGGGGCUGAGGAGGAGAGCGCAAGGAGGGCACCGGGGGACGCACACGUCUUGGGAAUAAUCCUCCAAUCCCGGAGAGGGAGAGCGCCGCGAGGAGACUCCUGCUAACAUGCUACCGGAGGAGCACCGGGGACUCUGACAGGACCUCCGUGCACCUGCUCCAUGCACGCCGAUUAUGAGGAGGAGCUGAGGUGUGCAAUGGAAAAGUUGUACCUUCAGGUUCUCACACCUCCAGUUCUGUGUUACUGUUACGUCCCAACCAAGCAGCCGAGCCCGGAGAUCUGACCGAACCCCCCUCCUCCCCUCCUCCCCUCCCUCCCUCACCCCGGGUGUCCCUCCAUUCUGGGCCCACCAUGGGAGGAUGCUUCUCCAAACCCAAACCAGUUGAAGUUAAAGUGGAACUCUCUCUCCUGGAUAAAGAAAAAGAGAUGGACGGCUUGUCGCCCAACGGCAAGGCGAGUCCCUUUGCUGAGUGCAGACCCAACGGGGCCCUCGGACACGGAUCGGACGACGACUCCACGCCACUGCCGCUCUACCACAAACCGCGGGACUAUGUGGAGGCGUCCGUGUGUCACGUUAAGGACCUGGAAAAUGGACAGAUGCGAGAGGUUGAUUUGGGAAGUGGCAGAGCUUUGCUGAUCAAAGAGCACGGGGAGUUUUCAGCCAUGGGCCAUAAGUGUCCCCAUUACGGAGCUCCGCUUGUCAAAGGUGUGCUAUCAAAAGGCCAUGUGCGGUGUCCCUGGCAUGGAGCAUGUUUCAACAUCGCUACGGGAGAAAUCGAGGACUUCCCUGGCCUGGACAGCCUGCCUACCUUCCAGGUCAGAGUUGAAAAGGACAAGGUGAUCAUUCGUGCAAACAAGCAGACCCUUCAGUCACAGAAAAGGUUAAAGCCCAUGGCCCGGUGUUCAGCAGUCAUUAACUCCAGCACCGGUUUCAGCCAUGUUCUCAUCAUUGGCUCAGGUCCAGCAGGUCUGGUUUGUGCAGAGACGCUGAGGCAGGAGGGCUUCACCGACCGGAUCGUCAUGUGCACCAUGGACAGACAUCCUCCCUACGACAGGCCUAAACUGAGUAAGUCCUUAGACAGCACAGCGGAGCAGCUGAGGCUGCGCUCCGUGGAGUUCCUGCAGGACCACGACAUUGAACUGCUCACAGAGAAAGAGGUCGUAGCAAUAGAUGUGAAAACACGAUCUGUGACCUUCGACGACGGUUUAAGGAUGGAGUACAGAAAACUCUUUAUUGCUACAGGAAGCAAACCCAAACCAAUGAAUUACAAGGGCAAAGACGUCAGGAACGUGUUUCACCUCAGGACCCCUGAGGACGCCAACAGCAUAGCGAGACUCGCCAACAACAAGAACGCCGUCAUCGUGGGAACAUCGUUUGUCGGUAUGGAGGUGGCUGCAGCUCUCACGGACAAGGCCCACUCUGUCUCCGUGAUCGGGAUCGAGUCCGUCACCUUCAAAAAAGCUCUCGGGGAGAAAGUAGGGAAAGCCAUAAUGAAGCUGUUCGAGGCAAACAGGGUGAAGUUCUACAUGCUGAACGAGGUGUCAGAGAUGAUUGGUCAUCAUGGACAGCUGAAAGAAGUAGUGCUGAAGAGUGGAAAAGUCCUGCGGGCUGACGUGUGUGUCAUCGGAGCAGGGAGUGUUCCAGCAACCGGUUUUCUGAAACAGAGCGGCAUCCAUUUGGAUUCCAAGGGCUUCAUCACUGUGAACAAAACGAUGCAGACAAACGUGGAUGGAGUGUUUGCCGGAGGAGACGUGGUGAUGUUUCCUUUCCCGCCACGCAACAACAAGAAGGUGAACAUCCCCCACUGGCAGAUGGCUCACGUCCACGGAAGGGUGGCUGCGCUGAGCAUGAUGGGAAGAGCCUCUGAGAUCAAAACCGUGCCUUACUUCUGGUCCGCCAUGUUUGGGAAGACCAUUCGCUACGCAGGUUAUGGCGAUGGAUUUGAUGAUGUAAUUAUACAAGGAGAUCUGGAUGAACUGCGAUUUGUAGCAUUUUACACCAGGAGCGAAGAGGUGGUGGCUGUUGCCAGCAUGAACUAUGAUCCCAUUGUAUCCCGAGUAGCAGAGGUCUUAGGAUCUGGAAAGACGAUUAAGAAACGAGAUGUAGAGAUGUUAGCUCGGCUUGGCAAGACUGGAGACAUUUCUUGGUUGAUUGACAAAGGCUCCCAAUGACUUCGCAUCCGAAGAUCCCAAAGGACAAACCCAACAUUCACUGGACGCGUCAAUAUGGACACUUGUGGUGCUGAGACACUGAGCAGCUAUUCCAGUCUAAUUGUGCACACACAAACACACACACACACACACACAGGACAUGACUGUGUCUGUCUGAAACACACUUUCCUGAGGACAACACAGAAACUCGCUGUAAUUCCUGAGAGACUCCUCGACGUGGAAAACGGAGCAAUCCACAGUUUGAAGAUACUGAAUCGGUGUGUUGGCAGGACUUUAUUGACAAUGUUUUACAACAAAGCAAUAUUGGAUUCAGCCUCCAGGCUGCUGCCAGAUGUAUCUACCUGUACACUUUUGUUUAUAAGAAGCCAGGGAUGGGCAUUGACAUUUUUGUACAAAUAACAAUGUAUAUAGUUAUAAUCGUGAAUGUACUGUAAUAAGUAAGGAAAUACAGUUUCAGUUAAAUAACAGACUUUGCUGUUAUGUGUCCACAUGGACUUCAAAAUCUGCAUGGUAUACAUGUUUUUUGUAUGUAUAUGUGGUAUACAUUCAAAAAACAAGCCCAAAACGAGACAUUUUGUUUAGUGUCGUGGCAAUAACAAAGCUUAAAUCCGCAACAAAGUGCGUUAUCUCCUCAGAAAAACCCUGAAUGCAGCUUUAACUGACUCACUAACACACAAACACACAGCUUUAAUUUGUGAUUAAUUACAAUUUUUACUACGUUCCUGUUCGUUUUGGUCAUUUUGCUAGUAGAGUGCACGUCCUAAAUUCUUGUCAUGUUUUAAUCUCACUCUAGUGCUUGCUCAGUAGAUUGAUGUGUGUUUUUCUAACAAAGCAAUAUAACUCAUCCGCGUGAAUGCAGCAGUAGCUUUAAGGUCAUUCUGAUAGCCGUCACCUCUGUAGGGACUCGUUUUGGUUACUAACUCAGGGAACUGAGGUUUUUUUUUUUUUUUUGGGCCUGGGCUUACCGAUCCUUUUCUACCAGCAGAACUGUUGCUCUCAUGUUUUGCAGUUCUUUUAAUUUCACUUGUUUUCCAUCACAGAUGCUUGCAGUGUGUUUGAGGGUAUGAAGCAGGUUUGAUUUUAUCCUGAUGUUCUGAAUAUCCCAAAAUAUUUGAGCUUGUAGGUCAAUGCGGCAAAUAAAAUAAGCAUUGUUCUUCCUACAGAAGAGUCUGGACUGGCAUUUUUAUAACUAAACUUUGAAAUAAAAC